GACACACUGUGACUGAGGGAACACGAGACACACAGGCAAUACAUAAACUACGUUUCACUGAGGAAUAACGGGCAUUUUAAGCAAAUGUAACAUGCCUCAAGAAAAUGUUCCCAUCCUACGACUCUGGACAGAUUUUAUGGGAUGUAAACAAAUGACUUCCGAAAACCACGGAUGGAUGAUGAGGAACAGCUACGUUUGAAGCCAUGAAAUCAGCACGGACUGACUGUAAUCUGAAUGGAUGUGUAUGAGACAAGGGAUGACUUUUGUUGGGCUGUUUUCGUGCUCCUUUGAUGGAUUCACCUGUUAGCACAGCCCUGCGGGGCAGCAGUGGUGGCAACUACACAGCUGACACCUCAGGUCCAAGCUUCACCAACCAGCUGGGAACCACCUCACCUGUUGUGCCAAGGGUUGUUUCCAUAGUGACCAGUCUAGUGACUGCCACCACAGAGGCCACAGUGGGAAACACAGGAAACCUAUCGACGUUCAGAGACCAAAGAGGGAGCGAGCUCAGUCCGAUCCAUCAGGCGUCAACCCCAUCGGUGCUGAGCGCCACUGAGAGUAAUUCUGUCCUGCAGGGCAUUACGGUGGCAACUCAGGCCCUGGUACUCCUCUCCAUCUUCCUCCUCUCCAGCCUUGGUAACUCGGCAGUCGUCAUCGUCAUCAUCAAACACAGACAGCUUCGAACGGUGACCAAUGCUUUCAUCAUGUCGCUGUCGUUGUCUGACUUCCUCACGGCUGUUCUAUGCCUGCCGUUCUCUUUCGUCAUGCUCUUCAGUAAGGACGGUAUCUGGAUGUUUGGGGAUCGUUUCUGUGUAGCCAAUGGCUUUUUCAACACCUGCUUUGGGAUCAUCUCCACCCUGACUAUGACCUUGAUCUCUUUUGACAGGUACUACGCCAUAGUCAGACAGCCACAGGCUAAAAUAGGACGCCAGAAGGCGACUCAGCUGUUGAUAGCCGUGUGGUUGACUGCAGUCAUUUUCUCUCUGCCUUGGUACCUGUUAGUUCGAACACCUACAGAAAUCCAUAAACAGGGUUUCUACCACUGCAUGUAUGUUUUCCAUUCCGGGACCUCACGCAUGGGGACUGCUUAUAGCAUCUGCCUUAUCGUUGUGUGCUAUUUACUGCCCUUCUCCCUCAUGUGUUUUUGUCAUUAUAACAUCUGUAAGACAGUUCGUCUCUCUGAAAUCCGAGUCAGGCCAGUGACAACGUACGCAUACUUACUGCGAUUUUACAGUGAAAUGCGAACAGCCACUACAGUUCUGAUUAUGAUUGUUUUCAUCAUUUUUUGUUGGGGGCCAUAUUGUUUAAUGGGGUUGGUUACAGCUUUGGGGGACUACACCUUCAACCCUGCAAUGGACACAGUGGCUAUCUGGCUAGCCUGGGCAAACGGAGCCAUCAACCCUCUGAUCUAUGCCCUGAGAAAUCCCAAUAUAUCCAUGUUACUUGGGCGGAGCAGAGAGGAGGGCUAUCGGACCAGAAAUAUUGCCGCGUACCUCUCCAGCCAAACCCAGAACCGCGAGAUUCGACUCAACCAAGCCGAAAGGAUAAGGGACCGCUACGUGAGUCGCGUCGGGGUGAAUAAUAACAGCCGACUGUCAAGUUCAAGUCCCGGAAAAGGAGGAGGGGGAGGAGAGGUGGCGAUGUGGGCUUGUAAAAACCCUGCUGUGUUCUUCUGCAGGGAUGCCCAGCCUGACACUGCAACACUAGCCAACUCUGUCAGUGCUCCGAAGAUGAAGACAGCUGACACUAGCCUGUGACAUUCUGAAGAAUGCUUAACAUCUAAUGAUUGUUUUCAUCUUACCUGUAUGUGUUGCUGUGGUUCUAGAGAAUUCUAUUACCAGUCUGUGACAUUUUUGGAAAUGGCUGAUAGUAUUUAUGUCUCUUUGGAUUAUACUUUGAAAAAUGUUUAUGAUUCAACCACCACUUGAUCAGAUUUUGUUCCAAGAAUCAAAAGGAUUAUUUAAGUUGUUCUUAUACCACUGUUACAUUACAGAACUGUUUAUACAAUGUCGGAAGACAGUGAAAACUCAAUUCAAUCAGCUGUUUAACAGUAGAUAGGUAAAUGAAAUUCCAUCCUGAUUUCAGAGGACACCAUUAAGUCCUCUCAAGAUCCAAGGGACCACCUGAAGGACCUCUGGAAUCCCUUGUGAUUAAACAUGAAAGGGGAUGCAAAACAUUUCUGUAGAAAACCAUGACAGUUUUGUGCUUGUGUUACAAAGGUCUUCAUGUCAGAUAUAUAAAUGCAGCAUGUGGAUGUGGAGAACUGAUGAAGGAUCUCACAUUUCCUAAAUCUGAAACCGUCAUGCUUAAAACAUAUAUUUGUACUGUACAUGUCAUUUUCAGACUGUACUCUCCAGAAAAAUGACACAAUCUGCCAUUUGUGUAAAUGCUUAAAAUGUCAGUUCCUAAUAAGCACCCUCUUGCUGUCAUGUGAAUAAUGACUAUGGGCUGCCCUUCUUCAGAACUGAAGGCCUGGUCAACCAGGAAGUGGCACAGUGAACUCAUCCACAUAUCUUGGCAAAACUAGAAUGACUUUUGGUAGUAUGCCUCUGCAAACCAGCCAAAUUGCAGUUCCAGUUUACAUCCAUGUCUGUCCAGGCACAUACAUUCACAUGCAAAAGUUGUGGCAACCCUGGUCAAAAUGUCAUUUACUGUGAAUAGCUGAGCAAAUAAAAAAAAUUACCUGAUUUCCAAAAGGCAAAAGGUUAAAGAUGAAACAUUUCUUCAGUAGUUUAAGCAAUAUUACUUUUUUAUUUCUAUCUUUUACAGUUUCAAAAUAACAAAAAAAAGGAGAAGGGCCUGAAGCAAAAGUCUGGGCACCCUGCACAGUCAAUACUUAGUAGCGCCCCCCUUGGCAAGUAUCACAGCUUCCAUACACUUUUUGUAACCAGUUAAGAGUCUUUCAAUUAAGCAAUAUCACACGAGAGGGAGUGAUGUUGUACUGUGAUAUCGUCACGGCUGUGAUUCGGUCGUAGACAAAUUAUUAAAACUAGCAAUACCCCGAAUAAGCUAAUUAAGGUCUGAGACCCUGGUAAAAGUUGUCUGAGAGCUCAAAUAUCUUGGGGUGCCCAAACUUUUGCACGGUGCUCCUUUCAUUCAUUAAUUUUCACUCUAAAAUUGUACAAAAUUAAAAUAACAGACUAUCUUGCUUAAAAUGUUGAAAAGCAUGUUUCACAAACUUUCACAAACUUCAUGCCUUCUGGGGAUCAGUUGAUCUUCUACUCACUUAACUAUUCACAGUAAAGAAAAUUUUGACCAGAGGUGCCCAAACUUUUGCCACAGUAUGUGGCCAUGACAGUUGACAAUGCUUUAAAUAUGGAUGUUGCUGCAAAGAGGCUACAUAUUCUAAAAUGUUGAUGCUUCACACGUCUUCAACCUGGCAGCACAGAAGAUUUAUUCAGUCAUCACAUUUUCAAGGUGGACACCCAAGAAAAGUGUCACCAAUUAAUGUCUGCCUUUCUCUUCCUGAGAUAUGAUGUUAAAUAAUGGCCAGAAAAGUGUUUUUGCAGAACAAUAUGAUGUCACAAUGAAGCUGACCUUUCACCUUUUUAAUAGAAAAUGUCAUCAUUUCAUUUUUUCGUAGACAUUUAUGUGAAAUUUUGUUGCAGUUUGUGUAUGAAUGCGUUAUGACCAAAAACAUGUUUUGUGAGGUCACCCUAAUCUUGACCUUUGACCACCAAAUUCUAAUCAGGGAAUGAGAUAUUGUGUUCACAAGAAUGAGAUGGACGCAAGGUCAUAGUGACCUUUGACGACCAAAAUCUAAUCAGUUUAUUGUUGUGAGUCCAAGUGUGCAUUUAGGCCAAAUUUGAAGAAGUUCCCUUGAGGCCUUCCCUUGAGAUAUCACAUUCACAAGAAUGAGACGAAUUAGGUCACAGUGACCUUGACCUUUGACCACUGAAAUCUAAUCUGUUCAUAGUUGAGUCCAAGUAGACAUUUGUGCCAAAUUUAAAGAAAUUCCCUUAAGACUUUUUUAAGGUAUGGCAUUCACAAGAAUGGGAAGUACAGACUGAUGGACGACCUUAAAACAUGUAACCUCCAGCCAUGGCUAUAGCACGGAGGCAUAAAAUGGUGAUGCUGUCACCUUGGUCACUAUUUCCGAAUUUGGCUGUCAAACUACUGGAGCUUGCGAGCUAACCACUAACGGCAUGCAGUCACAGUAGAUUACCAAAGCACCAAUUCAGCCAGCAGCCUGUAUAAUUUACUCAAGAGACAUUUUUGUACCAGUGACUGCUGUCAGGUGAUCCAUCUGCAAACAAUGCCUCUUGAAAAGCCGUUUGUUCGAAGGUGGCUUCUCAGUUCUGACUGUCAAGAGGGUUUGCUAUCAGUUAGUUGUGCAAAUGUGCAAGCGGAAGUUCACCAAAUUUAAUUUGUAUGAAUCAAUUACAAAUGAUUUUGCUCAGAUACACUGGGACCAGAUCCACUGUUUGCAGCAGUUCCUUUGAAAUUAAUUGAUUUUGCCUCAAAGUUUUCCAGUUUUAAAGUUAAGUGUGAACAGGCAAAACAGUCUCAUAGAAAUAUGCGAAAUGGACAAAAAAUCUUAAAAAUGCAUUUUUGGGUGGUGAGAGCAACAUGUGUUAAAAUUCCAUGCUGGCAACAUGAAAACGAUGCCAAUGCAAAGUCUGUGAUAAACGCUCACAGUUUGGUUGGGAUCAGGUCAUGUGCGUAAGUUUCUUACUUUGUGUAGUUACCUAAGGUACCUACGGAAAAUACUUUAAACCCGUACCUGCCUGACACAGAAUGUUAAUAUGACAUCAAAAAGACACUGGACUGUAACAACAGUCAGACGUUACAUACUCCGCAAGAACAGAGAAAUUUGUUCUCUCUCGCAGGGCUGCAGCCCUGGUUUGGGACUUCUUGCAGCUUGUUCUUGAGCAGAACUUUUCUCUUGUGUGGUGUCCAAGAACUAUUGUGUGAUUGGCCAGAAAUUCUAAGUGGGCGUGGUUAAUGGGGAAAAGCGCGUGUGUGUAUGCGGCAGUGGGAGGGGCCUAUGAGGACUAGGGCUGCAACUAAUGAUUAUUCGAUUAUUAUUAUUAUUAUUAUCGACUAGUCGAUUGUUUCUUUGAUUAGUCGACUAAUCAUUUUAUCGAAAAAUGUGUUAAAACGUUGAAAAAUGUCGGUCUGUCUCUCCCAAACCCCAAAAUGAUGUCAUCUAAUGUCUUGUUUCGUACUCACGCCAAAGGGUUUUAGUUCACCAUCAUGGGAGAGUGUGUAAAGCUGCCAAUAUUUGAACGUGACAAGCUGCAAUAAGAGUAUUUUGGGGCACUUUCUAUGAAAAAUGACUCAAACCGAUUAGUCAACUACUAAAAUUGUCACCGAUUA